AUGGAGGCAAUAGCGAAAGCUAAAGCAGCUGCAAUUGCCGGUGGAGCGCCGGGUGGCAGAGGAGAAGGUUCUUCAACAGCAGACGCAGGUGAAGACAGCUUGUGUCGUCUUCCGGACCCACUAGGACGCUAUGCUGGUUUGAUCGCGCAGAAUAACCUGAGGAACACUGUCGUGGUCUCACCUGUGGUGCAUGAUGGCAAAGGAGAGCUGAUCAAGCCACACGAGUAUCGCACCAAGCUCACCACUGGUGAUGUUGUCAUGAUUGAGUGCCAACUUAAAUUGUGGACGAUUGGGCCUAACAGGUGUGAGACUGCGUCUCCAGAUGAUAAAAUCGGAUCCAGGAGGUACCAUGUGAUGCUUAAAUCCAUGAAACUACUCCCCAAUGCAUCCAUCACAGCAACCUCGCUCAAAACGAUGUCAGACAAGAAAGGGAAAUGA